CUGAACAAGUUCCUGUGCGUGUGUUGUAGGCUCAGCCGGAACCUAAAAAUCACAAGAAUCUUCGUCGACAUCGAUAGGGUUUGACGUCUUUCGAUUUCUUGAUCGAGUGAGUUUUCUUGAUCGAUCGGUGGCGGCGCGUGGCGAAUUUGCUUCCGGCCGAGAAGUUAGUGAGUGCAGCAAGCAAGAUGUCGUCGAGAAACGACGGUGUGGAGCCUCUGAUGGUGAUGACUGACCUGCGCAGGAUCUAUAAUCUCAUCGACAUCAUGGUCUACUCGCAGCAGUUGGUUCGCAGGCACAAAGCCGAGGCUCAGGCAUUCGUUGAAUAUCUCAAAGAUCUCGAUUGCACGUUGCAUGAAAAGGCGGCAAUUUUGUACCCAGACAGCUACGGACUUCUCAGCCGAGGUUGGCACAAACAAUUGCACGAGCUGGAAGAACUUCUUCGAAGUGCUCAGGAGCUGCUGAAGGAUUUGGCUGAACCCCUGCAUCUAUUCACGCAUGCAACUGAGAGAUUCAAGGAGCUCCGUGCGAAGAUGACUGAGUGCUUAAAUUUGAUGACCAUUCUUCUACUAUUUGUUCCUCCCGAUCACAUGGGCCGUCAAGCAGAGCCUCUCUAUACCCUAUCAAUGCUAGACCCGCCUCCAGCGGAAUGGUAUCAACCUCCACCUCCUCAAGAUGUGCUUCUCGAGACCAGGACGGCUAGCCUCAGCUCCAGAGGAGUAGAAGGAGGACAACGCAAGUUGACGAGGACAAUGACCUACAAAAAAUGGAGAAGAUUGAAUGAAAUGAAACAAUCGCAUCAACAUUUCAGUGAUCUUUUCAGCUAUGUCGACAACAGCGAGCAGGCUGUUCUUCUCAACACUUGCUUUGAAAAUUGGCACACCAGCAGAGAGCGCGCUCACCCUGCUCCUUCCCCGUACUUCACGAGUAUGUUGAGUGAUCCACACCGAGCACAGCACGAUAGUUCUGAACAUCAGUGACUUCGAUUUCUAUCCUGACGAGCUACAGUUGGAAUCAUUUGCAGUACACUCGAAAGAGGGUUUUGUUCUUGUGCAGUAGCAAGAUUUGGACCACUAGGCUCACUUGUGAUUUACUCAUGUUCACGAUUCUUGCUUGUGUAAAUUAAUUGUAAUAUACUUGUUCCCUGAUCUACUUAUCCAUGGACCUGGCAGUCAUAAGAUGUAAAGAGCAAAUCGACCAUGAGCCCAU